AUCAACACGAUGCCUGAAGCCCCAUCUACAUCUCCUCACCACCACCACCGAUACCUCACUUGCAAUGAGAUUGUUGAGACCCGCACCCUACAUCGAGCAGGCCAUAGCUAUACUUUUAUUAACUUCGUCACAUCUAAAAAGCGCUCCGGUCGUCUGCCUCAUCUUACUAAUGCCCAAGUUGAUGAGCUUGAGGCAUACAUCCGAUCAUCCUACAAUACCCAACAAAUGAGCUACCUCCAACUUGCUCAGGGCCCCUUUGAGCACUGGGGU